AUUCGACUUUCCACGAGCAUUUUCUAUUCAUUCCUUGUGCUAAUUACAUAGAAAUUUUCAUUUUUUUCGGACAAACGUGUACGCCAUUCGUAGUCGUCGAUGUGGCACAGGCGAGAUCGUUUCAUUGCAAACGACUCACGUUGAGGUGAUUUACUUAUUUAUUUAUUUUUGGUUGAGUGAACGCAUUUUGAGGCGAGCAAAAACAAAAUUGAAAUCAUGAAAGUGCCCUUCUCAUCAGCCACGCUGUGGAAAUAUGUUUUCUUGGUGUUGAAUUGUUUGAUAAUUGUCUUCGAUGUGCUACUCAUUUCAUGCGGCGUCAUCUCUUUGGGCGGUGCCGGCACCUUAGCUGGUGCCUAUACGGCUGCUUCUAUUGGCUUCCUUGCCAUGUUUAUAGCCUUCAUGGGCGCCAUGGCUUCCGUACGUCAAUCGUUAAUUCUGUCAUGGGCGUAUAUAGUUACCACAGUGCUUUGCAUUGUUUUGCAAACAAUUUGUAUGAUUGCAUUUGGCAUUUUGAAGGAUGACUUUACCAUCAUGGCAGCGAAACGCGUGCAAGGUAUCUGGGAUGAGCGCCCAGAAACGCAGCAGGAAAUGGACGACAUUCAAGUGCAGCACAACUGCUGCGGUCGCGAUAGUCCGCAGGAUUAUUUGACGGAUAAAAAACAGACUCUGCCGAAUAGCUGUUGCCGCUGGGAAAAUUGCUCUGAUGAUGAGAAUAUUUUUCCCAAAGGUUGUGUCGAUGCCGCGACGACCUUUUUCAAUGAACAAAGUGAUAUUCUUAUUUUGAUAAUUUUGGGGCUAAUUGCUUUUCAGGUUUUUGGAGUGAUUUCUGCGUAUUAUUUCACACGCAGCAUGGUAAAUCAUCAACAGAAACGCGAACAGAUCAUCAUAAAUGAAUAAUUGAGUACUUUGCACGAAAAUGUUGUUAUAAUAAAAAAUUUAACAUUUUUAUGUAAUGUUAAAUUUGAAUUUGUUUAUGGGUUUGAUAUUUAAAAAAACUUAAGAUAAAAAUAUAAAAUAAAAGCAAAAAUAAAGA